AUGAUACUAUAAUUCAAAUGUGAAAGAUUACAUUAUCUUCUUAAUACUCAUUAUGUUGUCAAUGUAUAUAAAGAUAAACUAACAAUUGGCAAAAAUGUAUGAGUUGAUUUUUAUACAUUUAAAAGGACCCUCCAAAGUAUGAGUACUAUUUUACAUUAUAAAAUGUAUUACAUUGGUAUGUAGAUGGACUCAAAAUCUAGGCCUUUGGUAUCUAACACAAUGAUGUUAUCAAGUUUUUUAAAGCCAAUCACAAAGAUCUAGAAUUGUUAAGAAAUAUAAGUAGAAACCUAAUCUAUUUUGAUAAUCUUAUAGAAUUGUAUAAACAAAUUGAUAUAGAUGAUUCUUCCAAAAUAUUGGAUUAAUUGUCUCAUCAAACUUAUACAUUAAAAUGCUUAAACUAUGCGUAGUUAGAAAGACAAGUUUCACUACUUAGAGGUUUGAAUCAUCCAAGCAUUCUUUCAAUUAGAGAGUGCUUCGAGCAUAAUAAUUAAUAUUACAUUGUCACAGAAUUCCUUGGUGGAAUUAACUUGGAGAAUUUCAUUACCAAAAAUCAAAAGCUUAGUCAUCUGCAAUGCUAAUCAAUUAUUACAGUAAGUCUUAAAGUCUGA